AUGAACUCGGAGGUGAGUUCGACGUUCCGACGCAUCUACGAGACCCUCAUGGCCGAGCUUCUCCGGGACGGCUCCUUCGACUUCGACGACGACGCCCUCCGAUGGCUCGACCACAUGUUGGACUACAACGUGCUUGGUGGAAAGCUGAACUGCGGGUUGGCUGUCGCAGAGAGCUACAAAUUGUUGAAAGCAGGGUCCGAACCGAAUGAGGAGGAAGAGUUCCUUGCUUGCAUUCUUGGCUGGGGCAUUGAAUGGCUUCAAGCUUAUUUCCUCGUCCUUGAUGAUAUUAUGGACAACUCUCAAACUAGGCGAGGAAAACCAUGUUGGUAUAGGCUUCCAAAGGUUGGCCUCAUUGCCAUAAACGAUGGACUUGUCCUUCACAGCCAAAUAUCACAAAUCUUCAAGCGUUAUUUCUAUGGAAAACCUUACUAUGUUGACCUCCUAGACUUAUUCAAUGAGGUCGAGUUUAGGACGACUUCUGGAGAGUUAUUAGACCAGAUUACAACGAGUGAAGGCCAUAAAGAUCUGAGCAAAUAUACUGUAGAUGUUUACAGGCGAAUUGUAGAAUACAAAACAGCUUACUAUUCAUUCUAUUUGCCGGUCGGCUGUGCACUGCUACUGUCCGGUAAGAAUUUGGAUGAUUAUGUUCAAGCGAAGCGCAUCCUAGUUGAAAUGGGUGUUUACUUUCAGAUUCAGGACGAUUAUCUCGACUCUUUUGGCGAUCCAGAAGUUCUGGGCAAGAUUGGAACCGAUAUCGAAGACUUCAAGUGCUCUUGGCUGUUUGUUCAAGCACUAGUGUGUGUCGAUGAGAGGCAAAAAGACAUCCUAUUUGAAAAUUACGGGAAAUCAGAUCCUGCUUGCGUCGCAAAAGUGAAGGCUCUGUAUAAAGAGCUCAAUCUCGAGAGGGUGUUCUCUGAAUAUGAAAGGGAGACUUAUGAAAAGCUGAUCUCACACAUCGAAGCACAACCGAAUGAAGUUGUGCAAGCAGUGCUGAAAUCCUUUUUGCAUAAAAUCCACAUGAGGAAGUAGGAACGUU